AUGGAGUACUAUUCAUCCUUAGAUGCUUCCCAGCUAGAUUCAGAGACUCCAACGCUUUUUGAGCUCAUUUCCGCCAGCCAACUCGAGUCCCUUCUUUCUCCAUCCUUACGUUACAUAUUAGUACACUAUGCCAGCCGCUAUCCCAAGUACUUAUUGCGAAUCAACAACCGCUUUGACGAACUAAAUUUGGUGUUACGAAGCUUUGUGGAAUGGUACUUCGUUCAGUACUGGCACGGCUCGUUCACUGAAAACUUCUAUGGACUCAAAAGAGUUAAUCAAACACCGUUGAACAAUGGUAAUUACAAUGCCAAUAAACUUACGCUGGUAGUUCCGGCUAUGGUAGAGGAAAGACGCGCUUUGACAUCCCUUCAGAAACUCGUAUCUGUAUUUGAGAUCACGGGUACAGCAUAUGUCUCUGAAAAAUUGAAUUAUUGCUACGAAAUAUGGUAUACAAAGUAUGUGACGAAUCAGCUCAAUACCCAUGAGUCUAAUUCCAAGGAAGAAAACUUGCGUAUUUCGUUGAAAAGGAAGUUUGUUGAGAUAUAUCCCUACGUCCAGAGUGCCUAUCGAGCUGCGAAUUUCAUAACUACUCUCAUGUAUUUGAGCGGUCACAGUAAAUCGCCAACCUUGCUCACAUACUUGUUCCGGAUGAACUACGCUCGAUUGAGCCAAUAUGACUACGCUAAGCAUGAGCCUAAACCAGUGAAUCCAGACGUCAAGAGACCUAAUCGUAUAGCCCCACAGACAACUUCAGAAGUCGUAGCGAAAUUUUUGUCUAAGUAUUUGACGAAUCCAUCCUGGAAACUUGUCUCUUUCAUCUUGGGAACUUUCUUUCCCGUAGCUAUCUUCUCGUUGAAGUUCUUAGAAUGGUGGAACAACUCAGAUUUUGCCUCGAAGUUGUCUAAGAACCAGGGCAACAUUCUCGACUUCACAUUGCCUCCUCCUGGGUUGGUUACCGAGGCAUUGAAAGAAGCCAAAGAGGCCAACAGAAAGGCGAAGAGAUACUCCCUGAACAAAACAUGUCCCAUCUGUAAGAAAGAAUUGACAAAUCCAGCGAUUAUCGAAACAGGCUAUGUGUUUGAUUACGCCUGUAUAUACAACUAUCUUGAAAAGUCACAUAUUAUAGUCAAUGACAAAUUGAAGAAGAGAAAAAACAAGGAGCUUGAUGAAGAGGACGAAGAGGAAGAAGAGGAAGAGUCAGAAAUUGACUCUGAAGCCGAGGAACAAGAGAAAGAAGAAGAACCGCAAGAUUACGAACCAAAACAAGAACAAGAUUUUACAAUCGACAUCAACAAGGGUGGUAGAUGUCCUGUGACAGGCAGAAAGUUGCUUGGAUGCAAAUGGAAUGCCAUCAAAGAGGAAUGGGAAAUCGAAGGAAUAAGAAGACUUAUCUUCUAG